AUUAGACGUGGCAUGCGCUCACCAGGUGAGAAAGAAGGUAGGAAAUGACCGUCAGAUGUUUAGUUCUCGAAGUGGUCCUGUCCUGUGAUGAACUACUUUUGUGAACGUUGUGACCCCGUAAAACACAAAGCAGAACCGUCUCUUUCGGUGGUGAGCUCAAGGCCAUUCUCGGAUAUUCGAAUUAGAAAUGAAAAGUUAAGGAGCUGAUUUCCAUUUCGCUUUUGGCACCUGUUCCAGUUCACGGAGGAAGGAAUUCGGUACAGUCGACCGAAUAUUGUUAUCAAGUGAUGGAGACGAGAUUCCGACAGGCACCACACGUCACGUCUGGCUUCUCACGUCGAGAAAGGACCCGACAGAAUCCCUGGUGCCCGUCCCUGCAGCAGCCUCCGCUUCCUCAUCCCGCAUCCUUAGGGGCAGGUGGGCAGAUGGCACCACAUCCGAAGACCCAGAACUUGACCACAACGGCAUCACCAGACAUAUUUCCGCUUGGGCUGUAUCAUCAGCGGCCUAUUUUCCUGAUGCCGGCGCCCAGAGCAGGCCCUUCCUUCCUGUGCCCACCCGUUCCUCAACCUUACUUCUCCGAUGCGUCUUUCUCUGUUGGAUACCGCAUUCCUCCAACUGUGGAACCGGGUGACCUUUAUGGUGGAAUGGAACACAAGUGGAAACGGUGUUUUACGGCCCUGUUCCAAAAUCUCCCUCACGUUUGGAUCUUCGGAGUGUGUGAAGCCGAAUACAGUGACUGGUCGGUCUUCAGGGACAUGGCAAAAGUGCGUUUCUCUUGUCAGCACUGUGGUCGUGGAUGGAGUAGCAUGAACAGUUCUGCUGUGUUUUACUACGCUUGGGAUACUGAAGCAGAAUGUGGACAUAUCAGGUUCUCCUUAAAAGGACAGAAGUGUAAAGUAUGUAAGCCUUCACACUUUGAGACUCCCAUGUGGUAUCCAGAGGAAGUGCAAAAGGUAAUGACCAACCUUUACUAUGAAGUGUCAAGCCGCAUGUAUGGGUUUUAUACGCCACCAAUGAUCAAGAGUAGGCGACAUGGAAGACCAAGAGCCAACCAUGACUCAAGCAUGUGCCAAGGAUGUCAUCAAAAAAUUUGUCAAGCCACGAAGACCGACAGUUCCUUUCCUUCCUUGGAGAAAAAGAAACAAGUUUGAAGAAGUUAUUCUUUACAUCUGCCUAUUGCAUCACUUCUCAAUAUAAUUAUCUAAAGCAGUAUUGUGUAAUGUCCUUUGUAUAGUAAGACCAUUCCAAUAAAUCUGUAUUCCAUGAAAAAUCUGCAAUGGAUUACAUUUCAACUGUAUCCAAGCAGCCAACAGAAAAUUCUUGCAUAAUGAUUAAAUUAAAUAUACCCCUGUUGUGACUUGAGAAACUGACAUCUAUGGGAAUUUGUCAUUGAAAAAAAAUUAAUUAACAAGAAUGGCUAGAAAACUGUAUGAUGCAUGUAUAAGAUACAUAUAUUUUCGUGCACAGACCUGAUUUAUAUAUAUAUAUAUAUAUAUAUACAUAUGUGUGUGUGUGUGUGUGUGCGUAUGUAUGUAUGUAUGCAUAUAUGUAUAUAUGGAUAUAUGUUGUAUGUAUAUGUAUUACAAUUGGCUACUAUUUUAUAAACGGGUCUACGACAGCUGUAAUAAAUUCAACUGAAUUCGACAUGUACUAUUUGUACGCUUGAGUGGCAAUAGACUUUUAUUCUUCUAUUGGUCAGGUCAGUAACAUGACCUUGGUCGAUUCCAGGUUCAAAUCCUGCUAUGACAUCAUAACCUCUUAACAUUCUUCCAUUAGAAUGUAAGGCUUUGUAGUGAAAAGUAUAAUAAAAAGUAAUUUUGCA